GCGCGCUCACUGCGUCCGCUCAGUAACGCGCACGACACGACAGUGGUGCGACGCUACCGCAGUUGAAUGAGACGGUGAAUUUGAGGAGAGCGCAUUUGCUGAGGUAAGCGGUACAACGGUGUAAAAACACCACCACGAAACACGGAGGCGUCACGCGCCAGCUCCUUCACUUCAGCGCUUGCCUUUUUCCAGCGAGUUUCAAAAUGCUUUGGCGAAGACAAAUGGGCUGCUUCAUGUGUUUUUCACGGACCCAGGAGGCACGAGUUUGAAUGUUGGUGCUCCUUCUCUUUGGGUUGCUGACGUUGUGGCUGCUGUGGGCACUCGCUUGGCCCAGGCUACUGCUUUCCAAAGGAGCUACGGGUCCAGCUGAGGCGAAUGAGCAGAUGCAGGCCGAACCGGAGAUUGGUGGGCACCCGGCCAAGGAUGCAUCUGUGGCCUGCCUCGCAUCGAAUGCCAUCUCCACAGAACCUGGUGAGGAGUGCUGCCUGGUUGCCCAUCUGUCAGCCAGUGCGGACAUGCAAGGAGAAGAUGCAGAAGGACCUUUCCAACCUCUGUCGCACAGUACAACAUCUGAGAGCAGCUCCACUCCUGGGGGCUUCUCCAGGGACCGCCUCAAGUUCAUCCUGGGUGCCUCGGAGGACAACUCCUCGGAUGAGGAACUGCCAGGACCACAGCACCUCUCGGAUGAGGCUACAGGGAGGCCCUGCGGUGGUUCCUGUGAGCCUCCUGAAGCGAGUGUAGCCCCAAGCAAGUCUUUGGUGUCCACCUUAUCUUCCUCCACCAGCAUGAGGCCCAGUAUGUCUGGCCUGCACCUUGUAAGGAAGGGUCGCGAGCUCCGGAAAAUGGACCUCCAGCGGGACUUCACCGUGGCCUCUCCAGCUGAGUUUGUCACCCGUUUCGGCGGAACCCGUGUCAUCGACAAGGUUCUUAUAGCCAACAAUGGCAUUGCAGCGGUCAAGUGUAUGCGUUCCAUCAGGCGCUGGUCCUACGAGAUGUUCCGCAAUGAGAGGGCAAUUCGCUUUGUGGUCAUGGUCACUCCCGAGGACUUGAAAGCCAACGCAGAGUACAUCAAAAUGGCAGAUCACUAUGUACCAGUGUCUGGUGGAACCAACAACAACAACUAUGCCAACGUGGAGCUAAUCGUGGACAUUGCCAAGAGAAUCCCGGUGCAGGCUGUGUGGGCUGGCUGGGGACAUGCCUCCGAAAACCCCAAGCUUCCGGACCUGCUGCACAAGGCAGGAAUAUGCUUUUUAGGUCCCUCCAGUAAGGCCAUGUGGGCGCUGGGAGACAAGGUGGCCUGCUCCAUUGUGGCUCAGAGUGCAGACAUACCUGUCCUGCCCUGGAGUGGAUCAGGGCUAAGAGUGGAGUGGACAAGGGAGGAACAGCAACUUGGUCACGUGAUCAGUGUCCCUCACGAGCUCUACCUUAAGGGUUGCGUGUGUGAUGUCGAAGAGGGACUGGCGGGAGCUGAGAGGAUUGGGUAUCCUGUUGUGAUCAAAGCGUCAGAAGGUGGAGGAGGAAAAGGCAUCAGGAAAGUUGACAGUGCUGAAGACUUUGCCGGUUUCUUCCGACAGGUUCAGGCAGAGGUUCCAGGUUCACCCAUCUUCAUUAUGCAGCUGGCGCAGCAUGCCAGGCACCUGGAGGUGCAGAUCCUUGCAGAUCAAUAUGGCAAUGCCAUCUCUUUGUUUGGCCGUGACUGCUCCAUCCAGAGGAGGCACCAGAAAAUCAUAGAGGAGGCCCCAGCCACCAUAGCUCCUCCUUCCACCUUGGAGGCUAUGGAGCAGUACGCUGUUCGGCUGGCGAAGAUGGUGGGUUAUGUGAGUACUGGAACUGUGGAGUACCUCUUUUCUGAAGAUGGAAGUUUCCACUUCCUUGAGCUCAACCCUCGUCUACAAGUGGAACAUCCCUGCACUGAGAUGAUUGCAGAUGUCAAUCUGCCUGCUGCCCAACUUCAGAUCGCCAUGGGCAUCCCCCUCUACAGAAUCAAAGACAUACGUGUUUUCUACGGUGAGACUCCAUGGGGGGACUCGCCCAUCAACUUUGAUGCCCCAGAGUGUCUCCCGAGUCCCCGUGGCCAUGUUAUUGCUGUCCGGAUUACCAGUGAAAACCCUGAGGAGGGCUUCAAGCCUAGUUCAGGCACAGUGCAAGAGCUGAACUUCCGCAGCAGCAAAAAUGUCUGGGGAUACUUCAGCGUGGGGGCAGCAGGAGGCCUGCAUGAAUUUGCUGACUCCCAGUUUGGACACUGUUUCUCCUGGGGUGAAAACCGGGAAGAGGCAAUCUCCAACAUGGUGGUAGCCAUGAAGGAGCUGUCCAUCCGUGGAGACUUCAGAACCACAGUGGAGUACCUGGUUAAACUACUGGAGACAGAGAGCUUCAGGAAUAAUGACACAGACACCAGCUGGUUGGACCAUCUCAUUGCUGAAAAAGUGCAGGCAGAGAGACCAGAUACCAUGCUGGGUGUAGUAUGCGGGUCUCUCCACGUAGCGGACGCCAGCUUUAGGAAGAGUAUGUCAGACUUCCUGCACUCCCUGGAGAGGGGGCAGGUGCUUCCGGCUGCUAGUCUGCUGAACACCAUAGAUGUGGAUCUAAUUUACGAAGGAAUCAAGUAUUGCUUGAAGGUGGCCCGCCAGUCUCCCACUACAUAUGUGAUCAUUAUGAAUGGCUCCGACAUUGAAGUCGAUGUCCACAGGCUGAGUGAUGGUGGCCUCCUGCUGUCAUACAACGGCAGCAGCUACACAACCUACAUGAAGGAGGAGGUGGACAGCUACCGAAUCACUAUUGGCAACAAGACCUGUGUGUUUGAGAAGGAGAAGGACCCAACAGUGUUGCGGUCACCUUCUGCUGGCAAACUGCUACAGUACUUGGUGGAGGAUGGCGGGCAUAUCUCUGCGGGAAAUUCCUAUGCAGAAAUUGAGGUAAUGAAGAUGGUGAUGACGCUGAAUGUGCAGGACUCGGGCUGUGUGUACUUCAUUAAAAGGCCCGGUGCCAUGCUGGAAUCUGGGUGUGUGGUGGCCCGACUGCAGCUGGACGAUCCAAGCAGUCUCCACCCGGUGGAGCUGAACACGACAUCCCUGCCACCUCAGCAGCCCCUGCCCAUAGUUGGGGAGAAGCUCCACCAGGUCUUUCACAGUGUGCUGGAGAACCUCAUCAAGGUUAUGGAUGGUUACUGUCUUAUGGAGCCCUAUUUCAGCACCAAGAUCAAACAGUGGGUGGGCACACUAAUGAAAACCUUGCGGGACCCUUCACUCCCACUGCUGGAGCUUCAGGAGAUUAUGACUAGCGUAUCGGGCCGUAUCCCCAUCUCUGUGGAGAAGGCCAUCCGAAAGGUGAUGGCCCAGUAUGCCAGUAACAUCACCUCCGUGCUCUGCCAGUUCCCCAGCCAGAGGAUCGCUAACAUUUUGGACAGCCAUGCGGCCACCCUGCAAAGGAAAACUGAUCGCGAAGUCUUCUUCAUGAACACUCAGAGCAUUGUGCAGCUUGUGCAAAGGUACAGGAGUGGAAUUCGGGGAUACAUGAAGUCAGUGGUGCUGGACCUGCUGAAGAGGUACCUGCAGGUUGAGAUGCAGUUUCAGCAGGCUCACUAUGACAAAUGCGUGAUGAAAUUAAUAGAGAAGUACAAGCCAGACAUGAACCCAGUGCUAGAGUACAUCUUCUCCCAUGCUCAAGUGUCCAAGAAGAACAUUCUUGUCACCAUGCUCAUUGACCAGCUGUGUGGGCGGGACCCCACCCUAGCAGACGAGCUCAUGGCCAUCCUGAAUGAGCUCACUCAGCUCAGCAAAGUGGAGAACUCCAAGGUGGCCCUGCGUGCUAGACAGGUACUGAUAGCUUCUCACUUGCCAUCCUAUGAAUUGAGGCACAACCAGGUGGAAUCAAUCUUCCUCUCAGCCAUUGACAUGUACGGCCACCAGUUCUGCCCAGAGAACCUAAAGAAACUGAUUUUGUCCGAGACCUCCAUCUUUGAUGUUCUGCCUAAUUUCUUCUACCACGCCAACCACGUUGUGUGCAUGGCUGCAUUAGAGGUGUACGUGCGCCGGGCCUACAUCGCCUACGAGCUCAACAGCCUCCAGCACCACCAGCUGCAGGACGGCACCUGCGCACUAGACUUCCAGUUCAUGUUGCCCACAUCCCACCCCAACAGAGGGAGCAGCCCUACUCUGAACAGAGUGUCUGUUCCAGUCAGCUCCAACCAAUUUGAGAUGCGGAGGCAGGGCAGUGAGGUCUUCUUGGAUGGGACUCUGUCCCCACCGUGCCAGAGGAUGGGCGCCAUGGUUGCCUUCGAGUACUUUGAAGACUUCCAGAGGAAUUUCGAUGAGGUGAUUUCCAGCUUUGCUGAUCCCCUCCUGGAGAGCCCUCUGUUUCCUGAGGUGUGCUCUGCCCUCUAUGAUGAGGAGAACUACAAGAAUAUGAGGGAGAACCCCAUCCACAUUAUUAAUGUGGCCAUUAGGUCAGUGGACUCUGAGGAUGACGACGCCCUGGUCACUGUCUUCAGCACCUACGCUCAGUCCAAGAAAGCCAUAUUAUUUGAAUAUGGCAUCAGAAGAAUAACAUUUUUGGUGCUACAUAAGAGAGAAUUUCCAAAGUUCUUUACCUUCAGAGCUAGAGAUGAGUUCCAGGAGGACAGGAUCUAUCGCCACUUGGAGCCGGCUCUUGCCUUUCAGCUAGAGCUGAACCGCAUGCGCAACUUUGACCUGACUGCCAUCCCCUGUGCCAACCACAAGAUGCACCUGUACCUGGGUGCAGCCCGUGUCAAGGAGGGUACCGAGGUCACCGACCAUCGCUUUUUUGUCCGCGCCAUCAUCCGGCACUCUGACCUGAUCACUAAGGAAGCCUCAUUUGAGUACCUACAGAAUGAAGGGGAGAGGCUUCUGCUGGAGGCCAUGGAUGAGCUGGAGGUAGCCUUCAGUAACACGACUGUGCGCACAGACUGCAACCACAUCUUUCUCAACUUUGUACCCACUGUUAUCAUGGACCCCUCAAAGAUUGAGGAGUCUGUGCGCUCCAUGGUGAUGCGCUAUGGCAGCCGCCUGUGGAAGCUACGUGUCCUGCAAGCCGAGCUGAAGAUCAAUAUUCGGCUGACGCCCACCGGCGAGGCCAUUCCCAUUCGCCUCUUCCUUACCAAUGAGUCUGGCUACUACUUGGAUAUCAGCCUGUACAAAGAGGUCACUGACCCGAGCUCUGGACAGAUCAUGUUCCAGUCCUAUGGGGAAAAACAAGGCCUCCUGCAUGGCAUGUUGAUUAACACACCCUAUGUCACCAAGGACCUGCUCCAGUCCAAGAGGUUCCAGGCACAGUCCCUAGGAACUACCUAUGUCUAUGACUUUCCGGAGAUGUUCCGCCAGGCUCUUUUCAAGCUGUGGGGUCCAGGAGACAGUUACCCCAAGGAUGUGCUGUCAUGCACUGAGCUGGUGCUGGACCCACAGGGGCGUCUAGUGCAGAUGAACCGGCUGCCUGGUGACAAUGAGGUUGGAAUGGUGGCAUUUUGGAUGAAAAUGAAGACCCCUGAGUAUCCAGAAGGACGAGACAUCAUUGUCAUCUGCAACGACAUCACCCACAUGAUUGGCUCGUUUGGGCCAAAGGAGGACCUACUGUUCCUGCAGGCAUCUCAGCUUGCGCGGUCUGAAGGUAUCCCACGUAUCUACAUCUCCGCAAACAGUGGGGCACGCAUCGGUUUGGCCGAAGAGGUUCACCAUAAGUUCCAGGUGGCCUGGAUUGAUCCCCAGGAUCCCUACAAGGGCUUCAAGUACCUGUUCCUGACUCCUCAGGACUACACCCGCAUCAGCUCAUGCAACUCCGUACAUUGCCAGCAUGUGGAGGAGGGCGGCGAGUCCAGGUACAUCAUCACUGACAUCAUUGGGAAGGAGGAGGGCCUUGGUGUGGAGAACCUGCGUGGUUCUGGCACAAUUGCUGGGGAGUCCUCCUUGGCCUACGAGGAGAUAGUCACCAUCAGCCUGGUCACCUGCCGGGCCAUCGGCAUAGGCGCAUACCUAGUGCGUCUGGGACAGAGAGUCAUCCAGGUGGAGAACUCUCACAUCAUCCUCACGGGUGCUGCGGCUCUCAACAAGGUGCUGGGUCGUGAAGUGUACACCUCCAACAACCAGCUGGGCGGCGUGCAGAUCAUGCAUAACAAUGGCGUCACGCACACCACGGUGCCGGACGACUUUGAAGGGGUCUUCACCAUCCUACAGUGGCUCUCCUACAUGCCCAAGAACAACCACAGUCUGGUGCCAGUGGUGCAGCCCAAAGACCCACCCGACAGAGAGAUUGACUUCAUCCCCACGAAGACCCCAUAUGAUCCACGCUGGAUGUUGACAGGGAGGCCCCACCCCACUGUGAAAGGAGCUUGGCAGAGCGGCUUCUUUGACCACGGUUCCUUCAUGGAGAUCAUGAAGAGCUGGGCCCAGACGGUGGUGGUGGGUCGCGCUAGGCUCGGAGGCAUUCCCCUCGGGGUCAUCGCUGUGGAGACACGCACUGUUGAAGUUGCCAUACCUGCAGAUCCAGCCAACCCAGAGUCUGAAGCCAAACUCCUGCAGCAGGCUGGACAGGUGUGGUUCCCAGACUCCGCCUUCAAGACAGCCCAGGCCAUCCAGGACCUGAACCGCGAGCGGCUGCCUCUGCUGGUCUUUGCUAACUGGAGGGGCUUUUCUGGAGGAAUGAAGGACAUGUACGACCAGGUCCUCAAGUUCGGUGCCUACAUCGUGGACAGCCUGCGUGAGUUUCGUCAGCCUGUUCUGGUCUACAUCCCUCCCCAUGCCGAGCUGCGGGGGGGUUCCUGGGUGGUGAUCGACCCCUCUAUCAACCCGCUGUGUAUGGAGCUGUAUGCAGACCGAGAAAGCAGAGGUGGUGUGCUGGAGGCCGAGGGCACAGUGGAAAUCAAGUUCCGCGGGAAAGACCUGCUGAAAACCAUGCGCAGGAUCGACCCAGUCUGUGCCCGUUUGGUCAAGCAGCUGGGUACCCCAGAUUUGGCAGAAGAGGAACGCAGGAAACUUGAGUGCGAGUUGAAGGCCAGGGAGGAGUUCUUGUUGCCCAUCUACCACCAGGUGGCGGUGCUGUUUGUAGACCUUCAUGACACACCAGGUCGGAUGCAGGAGAAAGGCACCAUUACGGACAUCUUGGAGUGGAAGAAUGCCCGUGUGUUUUUCUACUGGCGUCUGCGCCGCCUCCUGCUGGAGGAUAUGGUGAAGAGCGAGAUUUUACAGGCCAAUAAGGAACUGAGCAAUGGACAGAUCCGGUCUAUGCUGCGGCGCUGGUUUGUCGAGACAGAGGGGACAGUCAAGGCUUACCUAUGGGACAACAACAACAAAGCAGUGGUGGAAUGGCUGGAGAAGCACCUGUCAGAAGAGGAUGGUUCGCACUCGGCCAUCAGGGAGAACAUCAAGUACCUGAAGAGGGAUUAUGCCCUCAAGUGCAUCCGAAGCCUCGUCCAGGCAAACCCGGAGGUGGCCAUGGACUGCAUCAUUCACAUGAGCCAGAACAUCACACCCUCCCAGAGGGCUGAGAUCACCCACUUGCUGACCACCAUGGACAGCACAGGUGCCAGGUGAGCUCAAAGCAGCACCGCAGCACUGUCAGUCCAGCUGUUCCAGGUAAUGUCUACAACCGGAAAGCUACUCUUUGGUUUAUGGACUUUUCCUGAGGACAGAAUUUGUGUCGUCUUUUUUCUUUUUUAAAUCUCAGGACUUUGCUAUGGCUAUACGACCACUGGCUGUAAUCACGCACAACAUGCACUCCACACACUGUGCCUGUGUGUUAAAGGCAUGUCACACACAAUCUUGAAAGCAAGUUGUGUGAUGUCUUAAGAGCCGCCUGCUCCCAUUCCGAUAUUCAGGUGCAUGAUGCCAAAAAGGAACAUGGAUCUCUCACAAAGAUUGCUGUUCAUGCGUGUCAUAUCUUUCUAUAAACAGAAUGUGUUUCUAUAUUAUUAACAGCUGAUACAUUUUUUUGAAGUUGGUUCUGAUUUUUCAAAUGUUUUUAAGGGGAUCUUUACUUUGAAUGUUUCAUGGGAAGGUGAGACCAGUCCUUAUUAAUAACACCUUUAUGAAGUAAGAGUGUCAGUUCUUUUCCUUUCACAUGAAUGUAAGCAGCAGAACGACUAGUAGUGACCAUCGUGAAUAACCUGCAUGACCUUUGCCCUGCAGUCAGAAGCGCCCUUUUAUACAGACAAUCUCAGUUUCAGGAAGUAAAACAACAUGAUUUUUAAUGUUGUCUGCAGUAUAAAACACAUUCAUACUUUCACUAUGUAAAGAUGUGGCUUUGGAUUUGUAUGAAAGCACUUGUGUCAGUUUGCUUCUCUUUGCAUAAAUUUGUUAAAACGGAACUGAUGUUUUCUGUGGAACAUAUUUGUGUUCUUUCAAAUGUUGCUACAAAAUGUAUUGAAGAGGUAGAAAUCCUCAUUUGAAUGUACUUUUGUGUAACAGAAAACAUACGACGUGUUUGGGAAAUUGCCAAAUGCAAAAAUGAAAUGAAAAAUUUUAGAUAUUUAUAAAUAAACACCACUUAAACUGAUCCAUUAACGUUUAGUGAAUCAUUGUAUCGAUCCUAUAUAGACACUGAUUACUGAAAUGGGUGUAGUUGCUUGUCUGUGUGUAUGAGUGUAGGCGCACACAUACCCAAGUAAGAAUUUGUGAAAGAAAUUAACAGAAAUUGUUAAUCUGUUAAUUUUAUUGUAUUUAAAUAUU